UCUUCAAGAUUUUACAUUCAUAGUAUUCUCGCAUAUAUAUAUAUCCAAUUCAAGUGCAGAAGAAAGGUAUCAGUUUCUUUCUCUGUUUAAAGAAAUUGCGGAUUAGGAUUUACGAUAUCAGAGCUUAAAUCACGAAUGUUAGAUUCAUUGACCAGAUUACUACAGUGAGAAUCAACAGUUGAAUCAUGACGCCAGAUCCUUUGGAGAAACAGACUAUUCAAAAUGGGCUUCCCCUUGUGAAGGAAAUGGAAGCUGUAGAGUAUUUUGAUGAUGUGAUUAGUUCAUCAGAUGUAGAGCGUAAACCAAGAGGAAGAGGUCGAGGAAGAGGAAGAGGUAGACCUCGAGGUCGAGGAAGAGGUGCGAAGAGAAAGAUUUCUGAGAGUGGUCGGAAGAAGAAAAAUGAUGAGAUGGAGGACUCUGAUUAUAGUCCAGGACCGGGUCAUAGAGGGCAUAGGCCUUUAAGAAAGAGAGGAAGGCCAAGGAAAAUAAUAGAAUCUGAAACUAGCAGAACAUCAUUGACUGAAGAUGUCAAUGACAGUACUUUUAGUUUAGUAUCAGAACACAGAUCUAAGAUUCCAGUGAAGAGAGGUGUUUUCGCUAAGUGUGAUGGAAACAUGGAUGCAUGCGUGGAAUUACAAUCUUCCAGUUCACAAGCUAACAGAAGGUCUACAAGAUGCCGCGAUUUGUUGGGUAAUAAGAAAUCAGGUUUGGAUGUUUUUUAUAUUGGUGAAUGGAUUGAUGAUGAAGACGCUGAAUGGAUGGAAGAUGAAGAGGUUGAUGAUGAGUAUUUUAUCCAAGAGAAAAAAGAGAGUAGUGAAAUGAAUAAACGAUUGAGGCUUCCUAGGGAAACUGAGAUGGAUUCUGAGAUCUUAACAAAUCAAUUGGAGCAGAAUCAGAAGAAAACUGAAAAGAAGGAUAUAAUGUGUCAUCAGUGCAAGAGGUUUGAUAGAAAACUCGUUAUUCCUUGCACAAACUGUGAGCAAAUUAUGUAUUGCACUUAUUGUGUCAAAAAAUGGUACCGGGAUUUGAAUGAAAUAGAUGUUUCCGAGCGAUGUCCAGUUUGCAGGGGAAACUGUAAUUGCAACUUUUGUUUGCAGUCAAGUGGUCUAAUUCAGACUUCAAAGAGGGAUCUCAGUCGUGAGGAGAAGAUCCACCAUCUUCAUUACUUGAUCAAGUUGCUCAUUCCACAUCUUAAACAAAUUAAUGAAGAACAGAAUUUGGAGAUAGAGAUAGAGUCCAUAAUUCAAGAGGUGUCACCAGCUUCUGUUAAUAUACAGAAGACUUCUUGCCGAAAUGAUGAGCGUAUCUUCUGCAAUAAUUGUUCAACUUCAAUUGUUGACCUUCAUCGAAGUUGCCUCAGUUGUUCGUAUGAGCUUUGCAUAACCUGUUGUCUUGAGAUUCGGAAAGGAGUGAGAUUUGGAGUUGAUCAAAGAAUAUCAGAUCAAUACAAAGAUAGAGGUCCAGAUUACUUUCACGGAGGAGAUCCAAUACCAGAAGAUAUUUCUGGUUUGAAGACUUUAGAGGAACAUAUAGGAGAAUCAUUUACUAAAUGGACUGCAAAUGAUGAUAUGAGUAUUAGUUGUGCUCCAAAGGCGUUGGGUGGAUGUGAGGACACUUGUGCGCUGAAACUGAAACACAUUCUUCCAAAAUACUGGAUUUUGGAUCUAAUAACUAAAGCAAGUGACAUACUAAGGAAUUAUGAAGCAGAUGCUCUUAGUCAUCAUAUUGGAGAUGCCAACGAGCAAAUGAAAGACGUAGAAGGAGAUGAAGAUAACCAUUUGUAUUGCUUGGACUCGGUUGAUACCCUAAAGAGGGAAAGUCUAGUACAAUUCCAGAAGCGUUGGACUAAAGGUGAACCUGUAAUUGUUCGCAAAGUUCUUAAUGAGACAAAUGGGUUAAGCUGGGAGCCAAUGGUUAUGUGGCGUGCACUUUGUGAAAGUUUGGACCCAAAAAUGUCUUCAACUAUGACUGAAGUGAAGGCUAUUGAUUGUCUAGCUGGUUGCGAGGUGAAGAUAAAUACCCGCAAAUUUUUUGAUGGUUACUUAAGUGGUAGAAGGUAUGAUAACCUUUGGCCUGAAAUGCUGAAGCUUAAAGAUUGGCCUCCCUCCGAUAAAUUUGAAAAUUUACUGCCCCGUCACUGUGACGAAUUCAUUCGUGCCUUGCCCUUCCAAGAAUAUGCAGAUCCUAGGGCUGGAUUUCUUAAUAUUGCUGUAAAAUUGCCUUCCGAUAUCCUAAAGCCAGAUUUGGGUCCAAAAACGUAUAUUGCUUAUGGCAUUGUUGAGGAACUUGGAAGAGGCGAUUCUGUCACCAAGCUUCAUCUCGAUAUGUCAGAUGCAGUGAAUAUAUUAACACAUAAUGCUGACAUGAAGGUGGAUGAUGAGCAACAAGCUGCCAUUGACACAUUAAAGAAGAUACAUCUGGCUCAAGAUUACAAGGAGGGAUGUAUAAUAGCCCAAGACAUGAAUCAUGUAACACUCAAGGCUAAGGAAGUUGACACGAAAGAAAGAGGAGGUGCUUUGUGGGAUAUCUUUAGAAGGGAAGAUGUUCCGAGAUUAGAGCAAUAUCUUAAAAAACACUAUAGAGAAUUCAGACACAUUUUCUCUAAUCCGGUAGAUCACGUUGUUCACUCCAUUCAUGAUCAAUCGUUCUACUUGACCAUGGAUCACAAGCAAAAACUUAAAGAAGAAUAUGGUGUAGAACCAUGGACUUUUGAACAAAGACUUGGAGAGGCAGUAUUUAUUCCAGCUGGUUGCGCCCAUCAAGUUAGGAAUUUGAAAUCAUGCACAAAGGUCGCUGUAGACUUUGUUUCUCCGGAGAAUAUUAGUGAAUGUCUUCGGUUGGCCGCGGAAUUUAGACACCUGCCAAAGGACCAUAAAGCAAAAGAGGAUAAAUUAGAGAUAAAGAAAAUGAUUAUUUAUGCAAUGGAUAAAGCAAUUAAAGAUUUUGAAGAGUUGACAUCCUAGGAAGAAUAAGUUGACUGUUGUUGUGUUAUAGAAAUUUACUAGAGAUUUUGAUUUCUUUAGUUUUUUUCUGUAAUAAUGUUUUGAAUCUUGUUUUGACUAUUAAGUUCUUAGACAUGGUUUUUUGUUAGCCAGUGGGGCUUCUUUUA